GGCCGCCAUCUGCCCGGAGACUCGCACCUGUGACCACCACCCAACAUGUAUUGAAUAAGGGCUUGGAGGUCCUUUCUCUAAGGCCGCACCGAUAAACGAUUACCGACUGUUGACUUCACGGCCCCUUCGCUUCCGGCCGCACUGCCUCGCUGCCCACGCCUGCGCACUCAGGCGCCGCAGGCAGGAGGAACGUACCAACUGCGGGGCGGGGGGUGCCCGCGAAGACCCCCGCAGGCUGCGCUCCCGGAACUAACCCCUGGCGCAUCCCGGAAUCCAGAGCGCCUACUGCGGCCUUUGGCCAGGCCCCCUGGGCGCGUUCCGGGAGCUCAGGCCUGCGGCGCUGGGAGAAGCACGUUGGCCAACACGUCGGGUGGUGGGCGCGCGGCCCAGGGGUCAGGGGCCGCUAGGCGGCGGGCGGCGGGGCUGCGGCUCUUACCUGCAGAGGAGGCACCGGCUCUGCGGUGCGGAGUUGCGCCGGACUUCCCAGCUUGGCCAGUGGCUCCGCAGGCUGCCGGCUCCACCCCUCAGAUUCAUUUGAAUUCAAGGUUGGCUCUCAACAGUGCCAACUGCACUGUCAUCCUAAAGUACUUCUGUGGAAGAGAACAUGGUGGUGUUACUGUUGUACCAGUGAUGACACAAAAUCCCAGAUCUACCUGACGGGUCUGCGAGGAUUGAAGAUUGUGCAGCAAUAGCCUAAGGGACUGGCUGGCUUCGAGCAGGGCAUUGGAACCAGGCCUCCUGCCACUGGCCUGGGGAGAGUGGAAGGUGCCUGCUUUGGGGCGAGCACCGGCUGACCCCCAGUGGAACCCUGUGACAGUCCUGCCAGGGCCCAGGCCAUCCCAACCAACUUCCAUCUCAUGGAGCCUCCAGGGGAGAAGCCGGGAGACGCUGGUGGGCUGCAGAUCACACCCCAGCUGCUGAAGUCACACACAGGCGAGUUCUCCCUGGAGUCCAUCCUGCUGCUGAAGCUGCGUGGCUUAGGACUGGCUGACCUGGGCUGCCUGGGGGAGUGCCUGGGCCUGGAGUGGCUGGACCUAUCAGGCAACGCGCUCACCCACCUGGGCCCGCUGGCCUCCUUGCGCCAGCUAGCUGUGCUUAAUGUCUCCAACAAUCGGCUGACAGGCCUGGAGCCACUGGCCACCUGUGAGAACUUGCAGAGUCUCAAUGCUGCAGGCAACCUACUGGCCACCCCGGGCCAGCUGCAGUGUCUGGCCAGGCUACCAUGCCUGGAGUACCUGCGGCUCCGAGACCCUUUGGCCCGACUCAGCAACCCGCUCUGUGCCAGCCCCUCCUACUGGGCUGCAGUCCGGGAGCUGCUGCCUGGCCUGAAAGUCAUUGACGGUGAGCGUGUGAUUGGGCGCGGUAGUGAGUUCUAUCAGCUGUGCCGAGACCUGGACAGCUCCUUGCGUCCCAGCUCCAGUCCAGGCCCCAGAGCCACCGAGGCCCAGCCCUGGGUGGAGCCAGGCUACUGGGAGUCCUGGCCCAGCCGGAGCAGCUCCAUCCUGGAGGAGGCCUGCCGGCAGUUCCAGGACACACUGCAGGAGUGCUGGGACCUGGACUGCCAGGCCAGCGACAGCCUGGCUCAGGCGGAGCAGGCACUCAGUUCUGCGGGCCCCACCUCUUCCUUUGUCUUCUGAACAUGGCCCAUGGCCCAGGACAGCCUGGCAGGUGGCCUCACUGCCCCCAGCUACCCUCCCUGCCCCCACACUCGUCUUGGUUGCUUCACACUGGUUACUGGCCCUGCAUACUGGGCUAUUGCUGUUUCCCUAUCCUAAGAACAGCCCCUCCCCACCAUCCCUCCACAUGCUGCAAGGACACACUGAAGGGCCUCGAGCAGGUGUAAGGGCUCCCACCACCCGUGAGCCUGUGUCCGCAGCUGCUACCACUCCGGGCUGCUCCAGUCUGCGACUUAGUGGAAGGAAGUACUUCCUCCUGGAGCUAUAGGCGAGAAAGGUAGGGAUGGGCCAGCCUCCCGUCCCAGCUGUUGGGAGAGAGUAGGCAGGCUGAGUGGCCCAGAGCACUCCAGGAAGCGGGACUCCCCUACCUUGCAAAUGUGCCUCUCCAGACUGCUCCUGCACUUCCCUCCCAUACCUUCUCUGCCCGUUCUCGUCCACACAUCUAUUAAAUGCUUCUGUUUUCAUUUGCA